CGCAGAGAAACCCCGACCUCCCUCCCUUCCCUUUCUCCUUCUUCCAUCCCCACGCGACCUACCAUCCACACGCGCGUUCCAUAUACAACAACGCGAACGCGCGUGGGCACUCUCGGAGCUCACUGGGCGCGCAGCAUCCACAGACCGACGCAAAGAUCCGGUGGGUUAACGGUUUCAGGCUGCGAAGAAAGCCUGGGCACAGUCGGAGAAACUGACCGCUGGUUGGAAACCUGCACCGAUUGAGUGGACAUUAUCUUCUAGUAAAAGAAUCUGAAACUCUAGAAGAAAAGUCAAAGUUAACAGCAUAAAGCCAGAGAACGUCAACAGCAGGAAUAGUGUCUUCCUUCUCAUCUCGUCAUCCCUCCUCUCCACCAAAAUGAGGCUCAAAGAGGACCUGAAUCCCAUGCUGCUGCUUCUCUUCCACCUCACGGUGUGGAUCUACACCACAAUUACCUUCCUGCCUUCCUACCUCCUCAGCUGGGUCUCCAGAUCCCAUAGGAAUUUUUACGGGUCAGAGGAGGAACGGGCCAAGAGACCUAAGGCUUGUUCAGUUCUAGGACGCUCAGAGGGACCCUACAGAGCAGUCAGUGCCACCAAAAGGCUCCUUUCAUCGCUACACCCUGGAGUGGAUACGCUGGAUAAGAUGUUUGAGUACGCAGCCAUGAGGUUCCCGCAGAGAGACUGUCUUGGAACGAGAGAAGUGGUUACAGAGGAAGAUGAGCGACAGAGCAAUGGGAAAGUGUUCAAGAAGGUAGUCCUUGGAGAGUACCGCUGGCUCUCCUAUAAAGAAGCUCUGACAGCAGCGACUCAGCUGGGCAACGGUUUGGCAUCUUUGGGUCAGCGGCCGAAAACCAACAUUGCCAUCUUUUGUGAGACCCGAGCGGAGUGGCUGAUAGCUGCCCAGGCCUGCUUUGCGUACAACUUCCCAGUGGUUACACUGUACUCCACCCUGGGAGGUCCAGCCAUCGCUCAUGGGCUGAAUGAGGCUCAAGUCACCCACAUUAUAACCAGCAGAGAGCUCCUGGAGACCAGACUGAAGGCGAUCUUAGCUGAAGUUCCAAGGCUGCAACACAUUAUCGUAGUGGACAACACACCGACCACAUGGCCCGGCUUUCCACGUGGCAUCAGCAUCUACAACAUGGCCACUGUUCAGAAGCUGGGAGCCAGACCAGAUAAAGCAACAUUUGAGCGUAAGCAGCCUCUGUCUUCAGACAUUGCAGUCAUCAUGUACACCAGUGGUUCCACAGGCAUUCCAAAGGGCGUCAUGAUCUCCCAUAGCAACAUCAUCGCCAGCAUUACAGGGAUGGCAGAGAGGAUACCCAACCUGAGUGAAGAGGACACCUACAUCGGGUACCUCCCUCUUGCUCAUGUGCUUGAGCUGUGCGCAGAGCUUGUCUGCAUUUCUUAUGGCUGCCGAAUUGGCUAUUCCUCACCUCAAACACUUGCUGACCAGUCAACCAAGAUCAAGAAAGGAAGCAGGGGAGACACCAGUGUCCUAAUGCCCACUCUGAUGGCAGCUGUCCCGGAGAUUAUGGAUCGCAUCUACAAGAAUGUGAUGACUAAGGUGGAGGAGAUGAACAGUUUCCAGCGAACUCUCUUCAUUUUAGCAUAUAACUACAAACUGGAACAGCUUUCAAAAGGAUACAGCACACCACUGUGUGACAGGCUUGUGUUCAGGAAAGUUCGUUCUCUGCUCGGGGGUCGAACACGAGUCUUGUUAUCAGGCGGAGCUCCACUUUCUGCCGCCACACAGCGCUUCAUGAAUGUGUGUUUAUGUUGCCCAGUGGGUCAGGGAUAUGGCCUGACAGAGACCUGUGGAGCAGGGACGAUAUGCGAACACUGGGAUUACAGCACUGGUAGAGUGGGAGGGCCGCUGGUUUGCUGUGAGAUCAAGCUCAGAGACUGGGUGGAAGGCGGUUACCGAAGUACUGACAAGCCUCAUCCCAGGGGAGAGAUUCUUGUUGGUGGACCUAAUAUCACCAUGGGAUAUUACAACUGCGAGGCAAAAAAACAGGAGGACUUUUUUGUCGAUGAAAACGGCCAGCGGUGGUUCUACACUGGGGACAUUGGAGAGAUUCAUGAAGACGGAUGUCUCGAGAUUAUCGAUCGUAAGAAGGACCUGGUGAAGCUGCAGGCAGGAGAGUACGUCUCCCUGGGAAAGGUGGAGGCCGCGCUGAAAAACUGUCCUCUGGUUGACAACAUUUGUGUUUAUGCCAACAGUGAUGAAACAUACGUGAUUGGCUUUGUGGUGCCCAAUCAGAAGCAGCUGCUGGCUCUGGCUGGCCAGUACGGUAUCCGGGGGUCAUGGGAGGAGCUGUGCAACAGUAAGGCCAUGGAGGAGCUGGUUCUUAAGGUCAUCACUGAGGCUGCGCUGACAGCCCAACUGGAGCGAUUUGAGAUUCCUCGCAAGAUCCGUCUGAGCCCAGAGCCCUGGACGCCUGAGACAGGGUUGGUGACCGAUGCGUUCAAGCUCAAGCGCAAGGAGUUGAAGACACAUUACAAAGACGAUAUUGAGAGAAUGUAUGGUGGAAAAUAACAACUGGAAGCAGCAGAUCACCAGUUGACUCAGCAGCUCUCUCUGCUACUUCUCACUCCUUCACCUGCAGCCACAGAAUCAUAAUGUUUCUGAGCUCUCAAUGACCUAAUUGAACCAUAGAAAUAGCUUUAUGAUUGUGUUAUGAGUCACGGGACAAGUGCUGAUGAGGAAACCUGCAGAUUCUGAUUUUGGCAACUGAUUUUUUUUAAUUCCAAAAAAAAUAUAUGUUUUUCAGUGAAAUAUUUCUUCUUGCAUAUGAGAGGUAUGAAACAGAGCAGGUGUUGAACUCUGAUCUAAAAAUAUUCAUGUCUGCUGCUUCAUAAAAUUGGUUUAUUUUAAUUAUAUUCUUUGUUUUAACUUAAUAAUUAAGCUUCCUGCAGUGUUGACUUUGUUUAUCCUGCAGGUCAGGAGGCAGUUAACGUUUUUGUUCAUUUUCCUUUUGUCUCCACGUUGUUUGGGUUUCUUGUCUUGGUUUAUUUUGUCUCCCACCCACAGUCCAACUGUGGCUCCCCCUGAUCGUGGGACAACAGAACGUUCUGACACAGAAAGCACAAGGUCAUUUUAGGGCAAAUGUGAGUAGGUUGGUAAAAAAUCAGAAACGGUCUUCUUGUAUAAUGGUUGUAUCUGACCUGAGCCUUUAUUAGAAAACUUUCAUAAUUUAAAGGAACACAAUACACAUUUGUUUAAUCUCCUGAGCUUUCUUACAGCAAUAGAAAACAACUUUUGGGAAUGUAAAGAAAAUGCUUGCAUAACAGACUAAAUUAAUGUUUAGUUGUCGCUGUAUUUGAAAAAUUGAUCGCAAAAGCAAAAAGUAUUAUUUCUGCCCAAGUAAGGCAGCUGAUUUCAAACAGGAUUAUGAAAGAGUCAAGCUUUCCCAGUAUGCGUGGAAAAGUGCUUGGAGUGUAAACACACUAGUAAAAGUAGAGCUUUUGACUUCCAUGGUUUAUUAUGUUUCAAGCAUUCCAACAGAAUUUUGUCUUGUGUGGGUGAGAGACAUUUGGAUUCAGUGUCACCUAAAGACACUCCUUACACCAGACUAAGACAAAAGUGAGAUAUUAUAAAUAUAAUAAACCAGAAGGCAGAUUGUUUUUCUGGACUUGAAGAAAGCAGGAGCAAUGCGCUCUUCAUUACGACGGAGCAAGAAACUGUUUCGAAAUAGCACAAGGCUUCUGUGAUGCGAUUGUGUUGUUUCUGUGCUGCCAUGAAAACAUAUCAGGGUCCUUUGUGAAGGAGUCUGGUAGCAGGAGCGGUAGCUUAUCCAUGAUGGUCAACUGUGAAUUUGAGCAUGAAUGGCUACACCAAUAUCACCAUAUCUACAUCAGGCUUAUCAUAAGCACUCCAACUAGGUUAUCAUAACACUCUUUAGCAUCCCACCGCUGCUCUGACUGAAGCGAAAAGUAUAUCAACAAGCAUUUUUAAUGACUCCUCCUGCAUUAAACACUGCAAAAUUCCUAAAUCUUACCAAGUAUGUUUAGUCUGGUUUGUAGUGCAAACAUCUGAGUACACUUGAAAUAAGACAAAACUUUCUAACAAGUACAUUUUCAAAUUGUUUUUAAUAAAUACGGUCAUCAAUAUUAAUUUUUUAUUUCAAGUGUACUAAAGUAUUUGCACUAGAAACUAAACCAAAAAUAUUUGGUUAAAUUUUGUGUUUUUGAAGUAAAAUUCCCAGCUAUGGAGAACCAAAACAAAAAUUAGGCAUGAAGGGUAGCUGUUAUAAGGGGCUAAGAGAAGUUGUGAGUUUUUCAACCUGUAGCACACGGAAAAUGUAGACUGUGAGCAGUUCAUAAUACACGUUUAAAAUAGCCACGGUGUUACUUAUAAAAACCACUUCAAGGUUCAUAGCCUUGCUGUGAUCAUGAGAAAUGUGUACAGAAAACCAGGCAAUUCUGCAACUGGAGAUGUGAUAUCCAUGUCAACAGUACUGUGGUAGUCAAGAAAGCAGCAGUGUAAACCCUGAGUAGGAAGAGCACACACCGUGUGUCAUGCUUGCCUUCAGACUGAAGCUGUUUUCCAAAUUCGUCAACAUAGAGAGGAUCGCUCAGACCCAACUUCAGUGUUCCUCACAGAUUGUCACAUGUUGCCUUUUGGUGAUUCUAAAACAUGCCUUUGUUGUUUUGAGCUGAUUCUUGAAUCAUACUUGAUCACACAUAGAGAUUUGUGGAUACAUAGGUAGAGAAAGCAAAUGGCUGCUAUAGCACCUCCACUCCCUCUUUGUAUGAGGCCUGCCUCAUCACAUGAGCACAUCAUAUUAUUUAUUUGCCUUUUUGCUUUUGGAAAAAUGAAAUCAAGUGAAUUAAAUAAAGUUUGUGUUGAAUCUAAA